AUGUCAUUACUUGAUUCUGAAGCGGCCUUCAAAAAGAGGGUCAUAGAGAUCGGUGAUGAAGUUCUUUUUCAGACACUGGACAAUUCAGGUUUGAAGACGUUCAGCGGUUUGGCCUUUGCAUGUGGGACACCGCAGUCUCAACCAGAUGAUGCAGCCUUUGGAGCUUUUGCCGCAGGACCCGAUGGUGUGGGAAACCGACCGCUGGAUGACCAUAUUACAAGGUUGAAGACGGACCCAAGGGUGACCAUGCACUUGCUGCCAUUGCCUACAAAGGCGCAUUCGGUGGAGGCCUCCAACGCUAGCAAACCAGACGCUGGCAAACCAAAGGCAAAAAUUAGACCGGGCAAAAGGGCUCGAGCAACAACGGAGGUAAAGAUGCCGGACGAGUUGAAGGGUGGUCAUUCAAAGACGAGUGAUGAGCAACUUCAACAAGAGGAAUUGGAAAGCCCUCGCCAACAGGAUGAGGGCUUGCGCGAAACAGCAGAGCAACGUGCGGAUUUACACUUUUUGCUGGACUUCUUGAAAGCUGAACUCAAUGUGCUGGUGUAUAUUCACUUGGCGCCGCCCUGCGGCACAGCUUCAGCAGCCAGAGGAAUUCCCGUUCCAGGUUGCCCUCAAGAGAUGCAGCCUGUGCGAUUUGGCCUGGUGCAGAAAUCGAAGGUACGAGUCAUCGAUGACUUCAAGCAAUGUGGAGUCAAUGGUUCAACAGGCCUUCCAGAAAAAUACGUGCUGCACUCCAUUGACGCCAUUGCGGCCACUUUGGUCCGAGCGUUAUCAGUGGGGUUGCCUGAGGGCGCUCAGGUGCACUUGUUGUUUGAUCUCUUAGGCAUUGAUUUCGCCCGAGAUGGAGACAAAGCUGGCGCCUUCGAGCAAACCUUCAAGGCAUUGGGCUUACUCAUUGAUUUGACUGAUUUCGAUGCAGAGAGGCUCAGAGGUCGUCUGCAGUGGUAUGACACCUUUCUGUUUGGGAGGAUUGCAAACUAUUCCAUGAGUGUGAUCAGCAAGAGAGCCACCUCUUGCUCUUUGGAUGGUAGCUUGGACCCGCAGCUCCAUCGAGCCUUGCAGUUUCUCAAAGAGCAUGUUUCCGUUUCGAAGCCAGUGGAGCUGACCAAGUCAGCCGGAAAAACCUACUACAUUUUCACUGAUGGUGCGGUCGAACCCACGGCAGAUGGGUCGCAAAUUGUGGCCUCCGUUGGAGGCAUCUUAUACAACAACGAUGGCGAGGCCGAAGCCUUCUUCAGCGAGCGGGUCCCCCAGCUGAUUUUGGACCUGUUCCUCCAGCAUUCCAGCCACCCUAUUUUCGAGGUUGAACUUCUGGCAGUGCUGGUUGCUGCACAUGUAUGGGCCCCGGCCAUCGCUAAUUCCUACGUGGUGUUUUACAUAGACAACGAGGCCGCAAAGAGCGCUUUGAUGAAAACCCACUCCAGCGUUUUGUUCGGCAAUGUUCUCACCACUUGUUUUGCACAGCUUGAAUCUGAGCACAGUUUGAAGGUUUGGUUUGGAAGAGUGCCAUCGUAUUCAAACCCUGCUGACAAACCCAGUCGUUUCGAAAUCCAGCAACUGUUGGACGUUGGUUCCGCUUUGGUUAAGCCAAGCUGGGAUCAAGUCUUGCUUCUAAUCGAAAGGAAGGAGCAGACACUUUGA